UUGGUAACAGAGGAGGGAGACUCACACACAGCUGCUCUCUGCCGGGAGUGAGACACCGAUCAGCAGCUACAGGACAACGGUUGUCCUGCGUUGUCUCUCCAGCAUCUUUUAAAACACAGGGCUCGCCUGGACACUUUUUUCUUUAGCGGUCGUUUAUUUUGUGUGCCGUUAUUUUUGGGAAGAAGCGCCCUGAGCUGUGCAUUGAAUCGGAUGGAGCCACUUUCUCUGCGCAGAUAGACUUAAACACUGGAGCAGGUAUCACAGAGGAGAAAGGAGAUAUUUGAGGAUUUCUAUUUCUGAAGUAGCCUUAAUAAGCACAGCCGCGACUUUCACAGCUCAGGAACUAUAUCUUAAGGAGGAUUUAACUUCCACCUGGAGGUAAACAUAGCCUAAAAGUAGCCCCGACACACAGAGACGUCUUCAGAGGAUAAAAAAAAGGAGAUCUCAAAGCCAUGGAGGUCGCAGCGGCCGACCAGUCUCGGUGGAUGGCGCACCAUCACGCAGUGCUGAACGGCCAGCACCCGGACUCUCACCACCACAGUCUGAGCCACAACUACAUGGAGCCCAUGGCGCCUUUACUGCCGCAGGACGAGGUUGACAUGUUUCUGAACCACUUGGACUCUCAAGGGAAUCCCUACUACACCAACUCCCGGGCCAGAGUCACAUACAGCCAAGCACACGCUCGCCUCGCUGGGAACCAGGUUUGCCGACCACACCUAAUCCACAGUCCCGGCAUUCCCUGGUUGGACCCCGGGAAAGCAGCCCUGUCCGCGGCCCACCACCAUAACGCAUGGGCGGUCAGCCACUUCAGUAAACCCGGCCUGCACCCCACCAGCUCCGGCUACCCCUGCAGCAGCACCGGCACCGCACCGGUCUCAUCGCCGGUCUCUUCGCUCAACUCCCACUCCAGCGCGCACCUCUACAGUUUCCCACCUACUCCUCCGAAAGACGUGUCUCCAGACCCCGGUCCCACUUCUCCGACCUCGAGCUCGACCAGGAUGGAAGAGAAGGAGUCGAUCAAGUACCAGGUGCAUCUUUCGGACGGCAUGAAAAUGGAGAGCUGCAGUCCGCUCCGCAGCGGCCUGAUGAACGGACAGGGCCCGGCUACACAUCACCCUAUCCCGACUUACCCUGGCUAUCCUCUGCAUACGACACAUGAGUACGGCGGCAGCCUCUUCCACCCCGGCAGCCUGCUCGGAGGGUCCAACUCCAGCUUUACGCCCAAAUGCAAGAGCAAGGCCAGGUCGAGUUCAGAACUAUAUGCAGAGGGCAGAGAAUGUGUGAACUGCGGUGCCACCUCCACCCCCCUGUGGCGAAGAGAUGGUACGGGCCACUACCUGUGCAACGCCUGCGGACUGUACCACAAGAUGAACGGCCAGAACAGACCUCUCAUCAAACCCAAACGUAGACUGUCCGCUGCGAGACGUGCAGGCACCUGCUGUGCAAACUGCCAGACCACCAUCACCACCCUGUGGAGGCGCAACGGGAACGGAGACCCGGUGUGUAACGCCUGCGGCCUUUACUAUAAACUGCACAAUGUCAACAGACCCCUGACCAUGAAGAAAGAAGGCAUCCAGACACGCAACCGCAAGAUGUCCAGCAAAUCCAAGAGGAGCAAGCGAACAGGGGACGGCUUCGACGAGCUGUCCAAGUGCAUGCAGGACAAGGCCUCUCACUUCGGCUCACCCGGCCUCCCCAGCCACAUGACCCACAUGGGUCACCUGACCACCUUCAGCCACUCCGGACACAUGCUGCCCACUCCCACGCCUAUUCACCCAUCAUUCGGUCACCCCCACCACUCCAAUCGCUCGCCAGUUUGGGCUGAGCCCCUGAGUCACUGAGGCCCCUUUUGACCCAAAAACUCCUCUACCAUCAAAUCGCCAUGAACACUAAAUGGCCUCCACGUCACGUCGAAAGCUCAGCAGACUUGUUGUACAGUGCGGAGGGGAGAGACCAUCAGUUGGACUUUAUGACUGAAGGUCGCGUCAUGUCUGACCUCACUGAUGGGACGCUGCAGAGCAGGACUUUAGCGGACUCUGAAGAGCUUAAUAUGACAAGGGGUUUCUGAGUCCCUUGGUGACCCAGUCUUGCAGGAAUGGAGUGAAUGGAGACGCUUGUCAUUCUUUUUGCUUAUUUUUACUAAGUCACUUUGGUACCCACCUCUUCAUGACCCUGUAACAGGAGACUCACGAGAGGUCUUUAAAAGAACCGCUGUUUUCACCCCGCGAUCGUCUCAUUAUAUACUGAGAUACAUGCACCCUGUCCCUUCCCGGCUCUUCAGUGCUGGAGGUCUGAAGACUGGCUGACAGCUCCCGUACAUCUCUGUUACAAACUACAGUACCCACAAACCCGUGCUCUCCUCACAUGCUGGAUUGUACGCCCACCACGACGCUCACCUCCUGUUUUUAAUAAUGGACUUUUAUGGAAAAAUACACAGUAAAUAGAGUGUUUAUAAAUGCUUAAUUGCUAUUAUUGUUGUUAUAUUUGAUGUUAUAAUUAUUGCUAUGAUAAUUUAUUUUCCCUCUUUAAGCUUUCGUCAAAGACACAUGGAAACUGUUAUGAUUUUGAUUUCAUGGUUAUUACGUAAAGAAAAACACUGACCUAUCUUAGAUGAAAAGUCCCUGAGCUGUACGUUUUUAUCAUUUUUUCCAUCUCACAAAAGUAAAGGAAAUAAAGGAAAAUAAAGUUUAAUACUAAAUUAA